AUGGGCACUUGCCAUUAUGCGGGUGAAUACUACCACUUCCGCCAGGCCUGGGUACCUCUGCGUUGGAUGUCCCCAGAGGCUAUCCUGGAGGGUGAUUUCUCUACCAAGUCUGAUGUCUGGGCCUUUGGUGUGCUGAUGUGGGAAGUAUUCACUCAUGGAGAGAUGCCCCAUGGUGGACAGGCAGAUGAUGAAGUGCUAGCAGACUUGCAGGCUGGGAAGGCCCGACUUCCACAGCCCGAAGGCUGCCCAUCCAAGCUCUACCGGCUGAUGCAGCGCUGCUGGGCCCCAAACCCCAAGGACCGGCCCUCCUUCAGUGAGAUUGCCAGUACCCUGGGAGACAGCCCUGCAGACAGCAAGCAGUGAGGGAGCCUUGCAGGCUGUGCUUCAGGAUGGCAUGGGCAGGGAAAAACACUUCUUUUAGGGGAGCCUGAAGCAUGAUGGGCAAGAUUUUCCUGUCCUUCUUGGCCUGAGGUCCCUGCCCAAGCACGGUGGGCAUUGCUGAGGGGAGGCAGUACCUAGGCUUUUCUCUUUGCCUUGGCCAUCGGGGAGGCUCCUUCAAACCCAAGCUGGGUGACUAAGACGUUGGGCUGGGCAUCUUUUUUUGCCACCCCUUUCUCAUCAGGGACAGUAUGGGUGCCUCAGGUAACCCCGAUUUCUGGCCUGAGCCUUUUUUUGGCCAGGUCCAGCUCUGCCACUCAUCUGCCAGUGUUGCCUAGGGAGGGCUGGGCUUGGGCUGAGCUAGGUUUGGGGAAUUUUUUUUUAAUAUAGUAAUAUACGAGAGUUCAGGAUAGCUCUGGGCAUACAGGACCAACAGGCCUCUUGGCCCAUGGGUCCUGCCUGGGGUGUCUAGUGGAUUGUGGAGGACAUAGCAGUUGAGUCCUCCCCACUGUGGGCUUGUGCACACUAACCCAGACCCAUGCUCCAAUCUCCUUCCCUCAUCCCAAGUGCCUGGCAGAUGAAGUGUUCAGGGGCUUUUGACACUUAUAUAGCCCGCCCUUUUUGUAUGCACCAGGGCGGCUUUUUUAUGUAAUU